AUGUGUGGUUGUUGUGCAAAAGAGAUUGAUGCAAUUGAAUGUUAUGAAAAAUUAUAUAAUACUUAUAAAGAACGUGUGGAAUAUGAAUAUACACAUGUUAGAGCAGAAAAAUGUGGAUUAGUAUUUAUAACACUUUCAACACCUGCAGAAGCAUAUAAAGUUCAUUCCAGUUUUCAACUAAUAUAUUUUGUACUUGAUCGUCGACCAAAACCACCUAUAAGUAAUUCAAUUGGUAUUUACGAAUGGAAUGUUAGUUUUGCACCAAGUCCGAAAAAUAUUAUUUGUUAUUCAUCAAAAGAUGCUGGUGAAUAUGCACAUGUGGAUAUAUCGGAAUACCUAGCAAAACCAACAUCAACACCAUCAGACAAAGAUGAAGCUGAAAUGGAAGAAAAAACAUCGGACAACAUCGACGACGAUUCUGAAUCUAUUUCCAAUGAUGCUGAUCCAACAAUAACAACUGAUGAUAAAGAAUUAAUUCCAAAAUGGUUUGAACGUGCAUCAUCAAUGAUAGUUGAAACAAAACCAGUUGAACUACAAGAAUCAUUUCAAUCAACAUCAAAAUAUCUUGAAAGUCGAUUUUUACUUUGGAAUAAUA